UAUAUAAACUCCCUCUUUCUCACGCCACAACCCUCAUUUCUCUCUCCUCAUUCUUCAAUUUUUAUUUUUUGCAGUUUUGUAACGUUUCAUUUUUCUGCAAUUUGUUUUUGUUCAUCUUCUAAAUUUUAUUCUCUUUAAAUUUGUUCAACAAUGUCGACGGAAAAGGAGAGAGAGACUCAGGUUUAUUUGGCAAAGCUUGCUGAACAAGCUGAACGAUAUGAAGAAAUGGUUGAAUGCAUGAAGACAGUAGCAAAACUUGAUGUUGAGCUGACUGUAGAAGAGAGGAACCUCCUCUCUGUGGGUUACAAGAACGUCAUUGGUGCUCGGAGAGCCUCUUGGCGUAUAAUGUCUUCGAUUGAGCAGAAGGAAGAAUCCAAAGGAAAUGAGAACAAUGUCAAGCUCAUUAAGGGUUACCGUCAAAAGGUGGAAGAUGAGCUCAGUAAAAUAUGCCAGGACAUCUUGGCUAUCAUAGACGCACAUCUAGUUCCUCAUUCCGGCAGUGGAGAAGCCACUGUUUUCUACUACAAGAUGAAAGGUGACUACUUCCGCUAUCUUGCUGAGUUUAAGUCAGAUCAGGAAAGAAAGGAAGCUGCUGAGCACUCACUGAAGGGCUAUGAGGCUGCUUCUGCAACGGCAAAUACAGAUCUGCCUUCUACCCAUCCCAUUCGUCUUGGUCUUGCUCUGAACUUCUCUGUCUUCUACUAUGAGAUUAUGAACUCUCCUGAAAGGGCGUGCCAUUUGGCCAAGCAAGCAUUCGAUGAAGCCAUUGCAGAAUUGGACACGUUGAGUGAGGAGUCAUACAAGGAUAGCACCCUAAUUAUGCAACUAUUGAGAGACAAUCUCACUCUGUGGACCUCUGAUUUGCCUGAAGAUGGAGGUGAGGAGAAUCCCAAGACCGAGGAAACGAAACCCGCCGAGGCAGAAGGGCAACAGUAACGUCUUGAUCCAACCUUCCAAUUGGCAAGUAAUUGUUGUACCAAGGAUGCUUAAAUUAUUGCUGCAGAAUUUUGUGCUAUAUUAGCUUGGAGAGUUUCGGUCAAAUGCUCUCUUAUCUGCUUCUAUCUUAGAUUGUUGUUUGAACUUUCUUUUGAUUUCGCUGUAGAAUCCAAACAGUAUUAUUUUUGUUACAUAUUUGCAAUUGUAAGCUCUUUUAUAUUGCAAUUGCAAUGUUGCUUUUUUCUUUUCACAAAAAUUUCAAUUGCCCUGA